CUAAAGCUAGCUGCUGUGAUACAUUGUCAGCUAAUUUAUACUAACCUACUGACAAACUGAUUAAAAAAAAAAAGAACAUAAAUAUGACUGUUUGUGCUAGCUACAAGGCCUCCAGUUUGGGCCUCCAUGUUUGUCCAAAUUUUUGUGAACAGAAUUUUGAGCUGGAAUUGAGAAAGGUACACGUGAAGCUGCGUGGACUAUGGACUGCUGAUCUGAUCUGCAGUUUUCUGAAUGAACCAGCACUAUCCAUCACAUUUCCUACCUAGGGAGCUGCCUUCCAACUGGAACACAGUGCAUGCACCUCAGGUUCACCAGUAGUUCAUGAGAUCAUACAGAUGGCACGUGAUAGCGUUAGUAUUACCAACACCCACCUAAUGACUUCUCAGACAGAACCUCUUAGUCUGAGUGCUUCAGAGCUUAGUCAGCUUAGCGCAAAGAGCUAACUCAAAUCAGUGAUCCGCAAGGCAAGUUGCCGUCCACGUGCCGCACCAUGGUGUCACCCCGACCUCAAGGACAGGGUCGUGUCACACCACUGUGCUCUGUGUGUCUUUUAAAGAUCAGACUGCAGUACUGAAGCGCUGCCUGUGAAGUUGUCAUUGGAUGCCUUGCUGCAGAUGCCCGGUGCUCAGGUGCGAGAGACCAUGAGGAGCCUGGGAGCCUCUGCGGAGGAGUGUGUUCGGCUCUGCGCUGCCCUCUCCUGCUUAAAGAGCGCCACCGAAUCAGGAGAGUGUAGUGAGGACGGAGGCUGCUGGUUUUCUGAGCCCACUCGACGCGACAGCGGAGGUCUCACCCCAGCGGACCAGAUCCCAUUACUUGGAAGUCUGACACGCCCUCAUAGCCCCUCCCCUCUUGCCCGACCUCCUACCACGCCCACCACACCCACCGUGCCCACCACACCCCUCGUCCCAUGCUUUCACUCACGCCAUCUCCCGCCCAACCCCGAGGCCCACAUCUACCACGGCUAUGCGGAGAGCUUAACAGACCCGAGUCCAUAUUACUCGUCCUGGCCUAUCCGUGUCCAUGGACACUCCUCCACCCCGCCCAUAACCCCACCCUCAAAGAGGAGGCACCGUCUGAAGCCACCCUGCACGCCGCCGCCGCCGUCACGCAAGGUACUCCACGUCCUGCCCAACAUCACCCUGACACGCAGCAAGAGCCACGAGAGCCAACUGGGCAACCGUAUCGAGGACACACCCACCAGCAAGUGUGGGAAGAAGAAUAAGCUGUUCCUGAAUGUCCAGAUUAACGGCAAUGCUUGUGAUGAUUCGCCGUCUCGCUCUCCACUGCUUUCUGCCCGGACACAUGGCGCUGUGCCAGCUACUGCCCCCUACACCCUCCCGGGAACACCCACGCUGCUGGAGGAACAUGGAGGCCUGAGGAAUAACAUCGCAGUCCAUCGGAGCUCUCCGCAGGCAGUGAGGAGAGACAUCGGCCUGGCUGUCACUCACAGGUUCUCCACCAAGUCAUGGCUCUCGCAGACGUGUCAAGUGUGCCAGAAGAACAUGAUCUUCGGAGUGAAAUGCAAACACUGUAGGUUAAAGUGUCACAAUAAAUGCACGAAAGAGGCUCCUUCCUGUCGAAUAUCAUUCCUUCCUAUCACAAAGAUCCGGAGGACAGAGUCUGUGCCGUCGGAUAUCAACAACCCUGUGGAUCGACCGGCCGAGGCGCCGCAGUUUGGCACGUUACCAAAGGCAAUAACCAAGAAGGAUCAUCCGCCUGUGCUGAAUCAGCUGGACUCCAGCAGUAACCCCUCGUCCACCACGUCCUCCACCCCGUCAUCUCCUGCCCCGUUCCAGCAGAGUAAUCCGCCCAGUGCCACCCCGCCCCCCAACCCUUCACCCAAAAACCACCGGGACAACCGCUUUAACUUCCCAGCUGCCUUCUACUUUCAGCAUAGACAGCAGUUUAUCUUCCCCGAUGUCUCCAGUUCCAACACGCUUCACCCAGAAGGCCUACCAGACACAGUGAAUGAGACAGACCCAUCAGAGGAGGAUGUGCACGCUGAGCUGGCUGAGCACGAAGACGGAGAAGAGGAAGAGGAAGAUGAGGAAGCGGAAGCAGAGGAGCAAGACGACGCGAGCGUAGAGGAGGAAGACGGGCAGGAGGAAGCUGAGGAAGAGGAGGAGGAGGAGGUGAGCUUUGAAGAGACAAACGGAGGCUCAGAUGUUGAAGGAGACGGAGACGAGCUGGAUGAUCUGCCCAGCGCAAGAGGCAGCGGCCCCUGGAAGGGUCCUGUCUCACGCAAGGCCAGUCAGACCAGCGUCUACCUGCAGGAGUGGGACAUCCCUUUUGAGCAGCUUGACCUGGGUGAGCUGAUCGGCAAGGGCCGCUGGGGACGGGUACACCGGGGCCGCUGGCAUGGCGAGGUGGCCAUCCGCCUGCUCGAGAUUGAUGGCAACAAUCAGGACCACCUCAAGCUUUUCAAGAAGGAGGUGAUGAACUACAGGCAGACACGCCACGAGAACGUGGUGCUCUUCAUGGGGGCCUGCAUGGCACCACCACACCUCGCCAUCAUCACCAGCUUCUGCAAAGGCCGGACAUUGUACUCUGUUGUGAGAGAUGCAAAGAACACACUGGACAUCAACAAGACGAGACAGAUUGCUCAGGAGAUUGUGAAGGGAAUGGGUUACUUGCAUGCGAAGGGCAUCGUUCACAAGGACCUGAAAUCGAAGAACGUCUUUCACGACACCAACAAAGUGGUAAUCGCUGACUUUGGCCUUUUUGGGAUCUCAGGAGUGGUUCAGGAGGGAAGGCGAGAGAACGAGCUGAAGCUUCCUCACGGCUGGAUUUGUUAUCUGGCCCCGGAGAUUGUGCGCAAGAUGAGCCCCGGCAACAACGAGGACCGCUUGCCCUUUUCCAAUGCAGCUGAUGUGUACGCCUUUGGCACUAUUUGGUACGAGCUGCAAGCGAGGGACUGGCCGAUCACCAACCAGCCAGCGGAGGCCACCAUCUGGCAGGUGGGCAGCGGAGAAGGCAUCAAGAAAGUGCUGGCGGAGAUCAGCCUGGGCAAAGAAGUAACGGAGAUCCUGUCAGCCUGCUGGGCGUACGACCUGCGCGAGCGGCCCACGUUCACACAGCUGGCUGACAUGCUGGAGAAACUGCCCAAGCUCAACCGCAGGCUCUCGCACCCUGGACACUUCUGGAAAUCCGCAGAAAACUACACUAACAUCUGACCUUGUUUUCAUAUUAAUAAACAUCCUUUUCCCUUCUGAUUUGCCUGUUAACAACCUAACCUCUUGCUCUUCUCUCUUCUGUCUGACGUUCCUGUUCACCGUCCUUUAGGUUGUAGCUGAAACACUAAAGCAAUGCAAAACAAAAAGCCCCGGAUCUGCCUUGCAUGCGUCCUGAAAUAAAGAACUCGUGGACUCCGAGCAGAAACGAGACGCACUUCCUGCUCCCAACGUUCCGCCGUGUGAUCUUCCGCCUUUGCUUGCUGUCCUUGGAGAGGAGUGCGCUUUGGCAAUGCACGGAUACUGAGCGACUCUCGUCUCCGCCGUUUCUGAGUAUUCCCUUUGGAGUGUGCGCUGUCAGCCUCUUUCUUCACUCUCUCCUCUCGGCAUCUUGGCCAAAUCUGGACUUAUGAGAUGUAGCGUCUGCCUAGUGGAAUUUUUUUCCUUUUCGUGGCAGCCUGUCCUUCCUCCUUAUUUUGCUAGGACACUUCUUCACUUCUUCUCCCUUGUGACUGGAUGCAUCGCGCCCUUUCUUCCUUUUUCCUACACUUUGUUUUUGGAUUCCGACUCCUUCGACGAUGUGCACUAUUGCUUCUCCGACACACAGGCUCACUAGUCACGGUCUUUCUGCACAGUGACUAUAAAUGCUGUCACACCCUUCGCUGCAUUGUGGUGCCCGAUGACUCAUCAACACCAGAUGUCUUUUAAAGGAUCAGGAUGGCCAGAAUAUAAUUUUAAUCACCCUUACCCAGAAUGUAGUCGAUCAACAAAAACACACUGGCACUGGCACUAGUAAGGGAAGCAAAUAGUCUCCAGUAUGGCAUUGCAUGAAUUGCGUGACUAAAUCAUCACACACUCACCUCAGAAGAUAUUAUUGGCUCCCAUAAACUGCAGAAUGAGUCUGUGUAAAAAACUAAAUAUAUAAUUGUAACUAUUUCAUCAUUCGAAUCCCAAUCAUCUAAUGCACAAUAAGUCAAAAGUCGACGCAUUAAGCUUAAAAUUUGCAGAAUUUUUUCUCAUGCAUUACACAUACAAGAAACUUACAUAAAUCUUGCAUCAAAAGUAAUCUUGUAAACAGUGAUGUGUCCAAAACGUUGCAUUCAGCAGAGGUGAAGAAGUUGCUAAGUCAUAUGGGGAAAAAACAAACAAAAAAAAACAAUGGAUUGAAUGUCUUUAGAUCAAGGCUGUUCAUUUCUGAAUUGUGACCAAAGUGAUUUCAAAGAAAACAACGAAGAAACCAAAUAUAUAUGAAAGGGUUGUAAAAAAAAAAAAAAAAAAAAAAAAGUUUUAUGCAAGAGACUAACGCUUGCUAGCCACAGUAGAAGCUAUAUAGUAAAAAUAGCUUAAUAUUAGCUUAACUACAUAGCUGCUACCAACACUGCUAUCACUGUUAGCUAGGCUAGACACUGAGACACUGACACACUUUUGAUAUAAAGAUAAGAAAUAAAUAUUCUUUAGUUUGUGAAAAAAAAAGCUUAUGUUCAAUGCUAAAGACUAAAGCUAGCUAGCUACAUUAGAAGCUACUGUACAUAGUAAAAUAGCCUAAAUGAUCUUAAUUACUAUUGCUAAAAUAGUAAAAGUAACUACAAACUACUACUUCGAUUUUAAAAGUUACUGUGCUAACAGCUAAGAAACGUUAGUUAAAAUAGUAGCUAGGCUAAACACUUAGACACUUUCCACAGCGUUGACUGUUCUUGUUUGACUAGCUACAAGAUGGCUGCUACUACCUUUUAGCUGUGCAACAAACACGAGACUUAUUUUUUUUUAUAGAUACCAGUGUUUCAUACAAGGUAAAAAAAAAAAAAAAAGAUUAAGAUAUUUUUUUAAGGUGAACAUAUUUAACAACUUAUAAUGUUUGGACAUUAUAUAAAGAUAAAUUACUAUUCUUCAGUUUGAAAAAAAAAUGUUUUGGAGAAUAUUAAACUUAAGCUAGCUAGCUACACUAGAUGUUACAUGGUAAAAAAAAAUAAGCUUGAAACUGGCUUAAUAAUGUGGCUGUUCAACUGCUAAAACAGUUUAAUUAACUACAAACUACCUAAUUUUAUACAUAGCUAUGCUAAGAACAUACUAGUAGGAAAUGUUGGUUAAACCAACUAGCAAUGCUAGCAAGGAAUAAUCAGUUUUUUUUAUUCAAAAUAUUAAACUAGCUAAAUUAGAAGCUACACUAAAAUUAAUAGUAGCUUAACUGUAAUCGGUAAGAUAGUAAAACUAAUUGCAAACUACUUGAUUUUAAAAGUACUACUAGGAAAUGUGAGUUAAACUAGUUAGCUGCUAGACAGCUUUGCUAGCAGCACUGCUGCUGAUGUUCAUGAGUAUCUAGAUCAGCUAUAUCUGUUUGACUAGCUACAAGAUGGCUGCUCCUCUUACUGGGUAUAGUAUAAAGAUUACUCCUUCUAUAAAGAUUCAGAAAGUCUAUUCAUCACCUCAGCAGUUUGAGGUGAGUGUGUGAUUUUUUUUAGUCAUGCAGUUUUCAAGAUGCUAACCUCACCUGUUAGCAAUAUUAGCUGUGUAGCUUCGGUGAAAUGCUAAAAAGCAAGUUUCACACACCAGACAUGUCUUUGUUGAUUAGUUACAUUUGGAUUAGGAGGAAAAAAAUGUGUGAAAUUGUAUUUUUGGCUUGAACUGGUUGUUUAAAAGUAGCAAGGAAGAAAAAAAAAAAAAAGAAAUGCUGGAUGAACCUCCGCCGUGAGUGCUAAAAGGGCCGUGGCCUCACGAGUCAGGGCAAUAAAAUGAAGAUUUUGCUGAAAUAAACGGGAUGUGUGUCUCCGGUAGGAGUGUGUACCUGAGUGUGACAACGAGCCAAAGAGAAGCACUGCUGUUUUCUCAAGUUUUAUUUUCCUCCUCAUGUAGCGUAAAAUGUUUAAUAGUAAUAGGAAGCAGUGACACGGCCUUGUUUCAUUGAGCUAGUAACCGUUACCUCUUGUAAUGUCUGUGUGUGUAGUGAUGUGUGCGUGUAUAUGUGUGUGUAUGUGUGUGUGUGUGUGUGUGUGUGUAUGUGUGUGUGUGUGUCAGGAAUAAUAUGAUGUAAGAAUAAAAGCCUGGAGUGUAUUGUGGUUUGAAAAAUACUGAUGACUUGUAAGAUAUAUGUGUAACAAAAAUUUAUUUAUUGUACAGCGAAUGAACCGAAUUCUUUUCAUAUUUAUAUGGACGUUUUAUAUAUAUUAAUAUAUAAUGUACUACAUUUUGGAAUAUGUAUUGCUCCCCUGUUCCAGAUGUAUAUAUCUCUAUAUUUUUUCAUGUACAAAAAAAUGCUGUAAAAUAGUUGUAAAUUUUUUUUUUUUUUUUUUAGAAUGGGUCAAUACAUGUUCUGUCAUGUACAAAUACAUAUUUUUGUAUUGCAUGUGGCUAUUAUUCUGUAUAUGAUACACGUUUUUCUGUUUUCCUCCUUGAGAAACAAUAAAGCUGUGCUCGCAUU